GGAACGCUGCGGGCGGAACGCUGCGGCGGACGGACCGGGACGGACAGGGCGGUAUGGCGGGGCCGCUGCUGCAGGCCUGGGGGCUGGGGGCGGCCCUGCGGAGCCGUGCAGCUCUCCGCCCGCUGGGGCUGCUGGCUCCGCCGUGCCGGGAGGUGGCGGGGCCCGGGCCGGGGUCCGGAGAGGCGGCGCUGGAGGAGAACCCGUUCUACGGGAAGUACCGACACAAGAUCCAGGAGCUGAGGAGAUCCAGUCCAGAUGUGUUUGAAUCCCGGAUGGAAAAAAGAAAUGAAGUGAAGAAGCAGCCCGUGGGAUAUUCCAGUCAGGGAGAAUUUAUCAGAUGUAUGGAGGAAAAGGCAGAAGGCUUGGGCACAAAGACAUCAAAGGGAGGUUUCACAAAAGAUAAGACACUUGAUUCGAUUCUUGAUGUUGAGAUGGUGAAAGAAAAAUCAGCAGAGGAGAUAAAAGAGAUUUGGAAUCAAUAUUUUUCUGCAAAACAUACGGUUUAUGCUGUUAUUCCUGCAGAGAAGUUUGAUUUAAUAUGGAAGAGAGCCCAGAAAUGUCCAUCGUUUCUAUAUGCUUUGCCAAGAAAAGAAGGCUAUGAGUUCUUUGUGGGGCAGUGGUCAGGAACAGAAUUGCACUUCACUUCGCUAAUAAACAUUCAGACUCAAGGUGAAACUGCUCCUAGCCAGUUGGUCUUGUACCAUUAUCCUGAGCUGCAGAAGGAAAAAGGAAUAGUAUUAAUGACAGCAGAAAUGGACUCCAAGUUCUUGGUGGUCCAUGAAGCACAGUGCUUGGCGAAUCAGGUGCAGCUUUUCUAUGCGACAGAUCGUUCAGAGACCUACGAAUUAGUGGAGACCUUCAACCACAGAUCUAGUGAAUUUAAAUAUAUGUCAGUUAUAGCAGAGCUUGAGCAAAGUGGACUUGGAAGAGGACUGAGACCUGGUCAGGCUUCUGACAAGUCGUAGAGCCUGACCUGUGAGUGAAGCGAGCCAGCAGCAGGCAGUGGGGUUCCUAGAUGGGGUGGUCCUGUCUCUCUUUUGUUUUAUGAAUUUGAGUUGGCUACAGAAAGGAUCUGGAGACAUCCUGGGAGUGUGAUAGACUAGCCUGUCUGGCACCGAUGCAAGAUGAGGACUUGGGCCAUUUGAACGAUAAUAACUAAUUGCCGAAACGGAGCCCUGUACUUCAGUGUAACUUCAUCAGAACGAACCAUUUUCCCAUCCUGUAAUUUACUGCUGCAUGCUGUAUGUUUGAAAUGUGAAAUAAAGUGACGGAAAGGGAGCUAUGUAAUGGACUAUAAGGACAUCAGGAGACAGAUAACAACCAAUGUUUCUUCUCAGUAAAUGCAUUUUCAAUGCCCUCCACCAUUAUAAUGACAUGGUCCAAUGCUUUUUUAUCUGUGUGGAAUUUAUACAGGCUUGCCCAUCAGGAAAAGAGAAUAGGACUGAUGCUCUGAAACAGACUCCUCUUUGUUACUUUGUGUGUGAGGUUCCUUACACAGAUGUAUACUGUGGCCUGUGUUUUUCUCGGGAUUAAAACAUAGUGACUAGAUUUGUUCUGGGAAUUGCGUGCUGCCUAAGUGAUACAUUAAUUUUACCUUGUUGCUGUGUUUCUGUCAUAGAUGUUUUUCUUGAGGAGUAAGAUAUUAUAAAUGUAGGUUUAUUUCUGUAUAUUUUUGAAUAGUGAGGAGUUAUUGCAUGCUUUAUAGAAUUAAUUUUUCUCCGACUGGCAGCUGGUCAGGUAACUACAGAUGGUAUUUGGAGGGACAAAAAAUGGCUCUUGUUCCUAUUUCAGGAAAGCCACUAUCUCCAAUAAAAACAAGAUGGAAUUGCACAGUAACAGAGCUAGAGCCACCAGCCAGUUUCUUAACUGCUGAGUGACAAUGCAUGAAAAAAUGCAUUGGUGUGAGUAUGCACAGCAGCUUUAACAUGGCAGUGUUGGUAAGAAUGUGGCUUUAAAGGACUACAGCUGGUUUUGUUUUUUAAACCUGCCUUCAACAAAAGGAUCCCAAGGCAUUUGUGCUUUGAGCUUCUCUUGUUUCCAUUCCCAGCAGUGGCAGCCAGUGCCUCUGCAGACGAGGACAUACUGCAGCAGGGCUAAGUCAUGUGCAGCCUGUGCACGGAUUACCAACAUACCGCCGCUGCACGGGUAGACAAGUAAACAGAGAACAGCCAGGAGCUUCCCAGGAGCAAUGCUGAAAUAUUUCCCAUAUUCACAUCAAAUCCCUGGCACUAACUUGCCCUUAGCACUAAUUAUCUGUUAUGUCCAGACCACGUUGCAUCUUCCCAUCAGCCUGCUGAGGCUGGAAAGCUUUUCUUCCUUUGCCAAAGAAAUGGAGGCAAGAAGGGUAGGCAACGUGUCUGUCAAAGGAAGACAAAUUUUUUUGGGCAGAGCUGGUAACAGAUUUUCUGUGCUACCCUUAACCGUGACCUGCUAUGGAGGUUUGAUUAGUCAUAAAGGACUCUUACACAGUGUUUGCUAGGGUAAUUGUAGGACCCUGUGGCUGUAAUACUUGCUGUGGCUCCACACUUUCUCAGCCCAUUCUUUGGACGUGAACAGUGUUCAGCAAAGCGCUGAAGUAGAUAGUAAGGUUUUAUUGUUGGGGUCUAUUUUAGCAGCAACUUGUAUAUGUUGGGUUGAACUGUCCAUUCAGGGAAUUACAAGAUGUUUCUAGAAGAGACACAUAUUCUCCUGGGGCUCUGCAGCAAGAAGAUGGUCUUGCUCCUUGAUAAUAUCUUCUUUCUGUUUCUGGUUGUGAGUGUGUGCAUAGGAGGGGAAUAAUCAGAGGGGGUGUGGAUAGAGUUAUAAUCUGAACAGCAAAUCACCUUUAAUAAAGAGCCUUUCUACUUCUA